AUGGCUACACGAGGGUUGACCUUCAUUGAGAAGCGUGCUCCACGAGCUGCCGGGCUUUCAGAGAGAGCUGUGGACGAGCACAAAGAGCUGAUUGGUGAUCUAUACCUGAGUCAACAUCACACUCGCGACCAAGUGAUUGAGCAUCUCAAAACACAUGUCGGGUUAAGUCUGUCUAGGGACCAGUUCUCAAAAGCAACGAGAAGGUGGGGGUUUCGAAAGCAACGUAGCGGAGGCAGCUCGAUCCAACCAUCACUGAACGAGGCAGCUAACCAAUGUACGACGAGCGAGGCUUCCAAAAACGAGCCGCUUAGUGCGACCGAUCUAGCCGACGCUAGGGAGCAAUGGUCGACAGUCACAAAUGAGUCGAGCAAACGUCCAAGAAGUGAUGCAACCUCCAGCAGUCGCGGAAGCGAUACGACGACCCAUGGCCCCCCCUCACCAUUUCUUCGUCGUACGGUGAAGCGAUUAAGGCCUGGGAAUGAGUCAGACAACACAGUCGCCAGCAGUCUGCAAGACACACAAUUGGAUCUCUCUACUGAUACUGACUUCGUACCAACGUCGUCGGUUGUAGUGGAAAAGGCCGAAACACCUGAAUACAGAGACAAUGACGAGCUACCAGCAGACUAUCUGGCCUGCUGCUACCGUUACAACAAAGCAUUCUGGUACUAUCGGAAGAUCUCAAUGCCCUUUCAACAUGAGAACUUUCCGCCCAAACAGCGACAUGACAGGAUACUCGAUAUGGCAAGAUCUGCCAAAACUCGAAAAGCCUCUGAGAUUGUGAGGGAAGUCAUGGAGUCUGAGCUAGAGACAAGCGACGAUCCUCUGUCUGAAGAUCGGUCUAAUCAAUCACCCUCAGGCCAGGUUGAGAUGUGUCCCAUGCAAUCUUUCCUUUUCCAUCGUCACCUUGCGGAAAUCUAUAAGCAUCGAAGGGACGGUGCUAGUCAGAUGCAGAAACAUCUGGAUAUAGCCAGAGGCUUUAUAAAGGCCUUCGACACGCUUGCUCCACCAUCGAUAGAUCUUUGGACAUUGCUUCGCCUUCUCCCAAAGCACAAGGUCGCGAACAUUCCCGAAGACUUGCUUAAUUCGCUCCAAUGGGAUGAGGCAUGGCUGGUCUUGAAUGUGAGGGAUUGCCUUGACCAUUGCCGGAGAGCAUUGACCGACGCUGAGUCUCUGCCGGUUCCACACCAUGAUGUUAGACAGCACGAAAAUAUCAAGCCCACUGAUAUGAGCCAGUUGGCUACUCAACGAGACCCUUUCCACAAUUGGAUAAAGGCCAGUUUUCUGUUCACAUUCCUGUGGAAGAAGAUGCAACAUGGUCCUCCUCCUGGCUGGAAACAUCAUACGAUAUCCGCCACGCAGUUCCUGAUGUUGAUAAGCAGGAUCAUCGUCCGAAGGUCACUACUUCUCCAUCAACACGACAUAUUGCCGCUAGACCCAAAAGGCAAGCUGUUGGAGCUUCGAGCCUCGGACCGGCGAGCUUACCUUAGUACCGCUCAGGUGCUCCUCCACGACCACCGAUACAAGCGAAAUCAAAUGAAAAGGGAAUUUGUUACAGCAUUCGUUGAACACUACUCAUGGUCUCCACCCUCUGGUCGCAAGAGUAACUUUGUUAAGCAAAUUCAAGCUUACCAGAUAGAAGCACUAAGUUCAGUCCUGAUCGCCAGAAGAGAGAGCCACCUGACAACACCCACUUCUACUACAUUGAAAGAGGCCCGCGAGAUGCGACGUAUAUCAGCAGACAACGAGUUCCUGAAUUGGUCAAUCCCCCAACAGGGUCAGCUAGACUCUACCAGGGAGAGAGACACCAUUGCCUAUGUUAGAAAGAGCCGAUAUACACCAUCGUUCGAUUCUUCUAGUAUCUCAUCCUAUCUCAGAGCACCAUCAUCCGCGUAUUAUAUACAUCUGGACGCAUUGAAUGGAAAUCCUACCAUGUCUAGAUCGUUGGCCUCUCGUUCGUCCCGAUCUUCCCAAGUAUCCGUCUCGAGCUCAUUCAAGCGUUUCAAAGCAUCAGCAUUCAAGAGACGGAACUCAUCUGAAUCGAUGAUGGGAUCGAGUUUGUAUGAUCCCGAGAGGCAGCUGCAUGAUGUUUCCUUUGAGGGAGUGCAAGACCUACAGGUUCAGCGGUAUCUCAAAGUGACGAUGGGUCUGUCAACGUUGAUAGAGGAUGACUCACCGAGUCUGCAAGAGGAGGAGUAUACAGGUCAUACGGUGAAGCUAGAAGAUGACGAAAGGCCGUCAGUCAGGGGAAGGUUAGGAAGAUUGCUAAAGGGGCAAGGAAAAGGUUGA